GGAAGAGGGAGCACGCAGACGAAACCGGAACCCAACGGAUGAACGGACGGAAGGGAGGGGGAGAAUAGUGUGGGAGGCUUUACCCAAGUGUAAAGCAAGCCAAAGGCACGCUCCCGCGGCCGGGUUGCUUCACCGGCGGGUUGCUCAUAUACACGGCACCACUGCACUGACCAUGGUCAGUGACCGCACCGCACCACCUGCCCUGCCCCUCCUCUGCAGCAGCUCUUGUUCUUCACGUGCUCGUUCGUCUUCACGACGAACCCGCACGGGUUAGCUCUGGCUCUCCUGCUAUAGAUAUGAGAUGCAAGAGGCGGCCAAGGCUCGGCAUGGGGUGGCUUCGCUCCGUGCUCUCCCCGCUCAGGAAGCUCUGGUGCCGCGUCAACGCGGUGCAGCGCAAGAAGAGAGGGAUCUACAUCCUGUACGACGACGUCAAGUCGUGCCAAUGCGAGGACGUGCACGUGCUGUGGGCGAUCCUCGUUGAGUCCCACGGCCUGCCGACGCCGACGCCGACGCCGCCUCUGCUGAGCCUGAAGCGAUGAGGGGCGGCGGGUGCUCCGCCGCUGCACCCCCUGAAUAAGCGAACGGUCCAUGGAUAUACCUCGACAUGGCUAUGUCGCUGAGAGGUGAAUUCAAGUAGUAGCGAUUCUGAAUUCUGAUGUACAUAGGGAUCAACCGAUGUGUGUUGUGUCGCCGGUGUGCUGCUCUGCUGCCGGCCUGGAUUGGUGCCUCUGUUGGAGGCUGCCGAGACGAGAGUGGUCGUGCAGCUGCGGAGGAAUGCAGCUGCCGCGCGUGUCGCUUUGUUGACGAGUGUGGUGAUGAGCUUCUUGGAGUUGGAGCGCACCCCUCGUUCGUUUGACUUCUACAGUUUACGUACGUGUAAGACUGCAUCUGGAUGCGGUCCUUCAGCCCAUCUCUAUUGGAGUUUGGAAGGGAAUAGCAGGAACAGAAAUUGAAUCCUCACCGAUUUUCUGAAUCUGGUAUCUCCCGUUUUCAGUUUUCGCU